AAGCCGACACCACCGCUGCAAGAGAGUAGUGCUAGAAAAAACACCACCGACAAAGAGAGCGAGAGAGCGAGCUAGGGCUCGACACAGAGAGAGAAAGAAGAAGAAGAAGAUGAGCAUCUGGAACUAUGUGGUUACGGCUCACAAGCCCACCAACGUGAACCACUCCUGCGUCGGCAAUUUCACCAGCCCUCAAGAGCUCAACCUAAUCAUAGCGAAAUGCACCCGAAUCGAAAUUCAUUUACUUACUCCUCAGGGCUUGCAGCCUAUGUUGGACGUGCCAAUAUAUGGGAGAAUUGCAACACUUGAACUUUUUCGCCCUCACGGUGAGGCACAAGAUUUUCUAUUCAUUGCAACAGAAAGAUACAAAUUCUGUGUGCUUCAAUGGGAUGCUGAGACAUCUGAGCUUAUCACAAGAGCAAUGGGGGAUGUUUCGGAUCGUAUUGGUCGUCCUACAGACAAUGGUCAGAUUGGCAUAAUUGAUCCAGAUUGCAGACUAAUUGGACUCCAUUUAUAUGAUGGAUUGUUCAAGGUCAUUCCUUUUGAUAAUAAAGGGCAGCUUAAAGAAGCAUUUAACAUUAGGCUUGAGGAACUUCAAGUUUUGGAUAUCAAGUUUCUGUAUGGUUGUUCAAAACCUACAAUUGUGGUUCUUUACCAGGAUAACAAAGAUGCUCGCCAUGUUAAAACGUAUGAGGUUGCUCUUAAGGAUAAAGAUUUUGUUGAGGGUCCCUGGUCCCAGAACAAUCUUGACAAUGGAGCUAAUUUGCUAAUACCAGUACCUCCACCUCUUUGUGGCGUCAUUAUUAUUGGAGAAGAAACAAUUGUCUACUGCAGUGCCAAUGCAUUUAAAGCAAUUCCAAUCAGACCGUCCAUCACAAGAGCCUAUGGAAGAGUUGAUGCUGAUGGUUCGAGGUAUUUACUUGGUGAUCAUACUGGACUACUUCACCUACUUGUUAUAACCCAUGAGAAAGAAAAGGUUACUGGACUCAAAAUUGAGCUCUUGGGCGAAACUUCCAUUGCAUCUACCAUUUCAUAUCUCGAUAAUGCAUUUGUAUAUAUUGGCUCAAGCUAUGGAGAUUCACAGCUUGUAAAGUUAAAUCUUCAGCCUGAUGCAAAAGGCUCAUAUGUGGAAGUACUGGAACGAUAUGUGAAUUUGGGGCCAAUUGUUGACUUUUGUGUUGUGGACCUUGAGAGGCAAGGCCAAGGUCAGGUUGUAACUUGUUCUGGAGCUUAUAAAGAUGGUUCUCUUCGCAUAGUUCGAAAUGGAAUAGGAAUUAAUGAACAGGCUUCAGUGGAACUUCAAGGUAUUAAGGGAAUGUGGUCACUAAGAUCUUCCACAGAUGAUCCAUUUGACACAUUCCUAGUUGUAAGUUUUAUCAGUGAGACACGAAUUUUGGCAAUGAAUAUUGAGGAUGAGUUGGAAGAAACUGAGAUAGAGGGCUUCUGCUCUCAAGUGCAGACCCUAUUUUGCCAUGAUGCUGUUUUCAACCAACUUGUACAAAUAACUUCAAGCUCUGUGAGACUGGUCAGUUCUACAUCUAGAGAGCUACGGAAUGAAUGGAAUGCUCAACCUGGUUAUUCAAUUAAUGUUGCCACUGCUAAUGCCACCCAGGUUUUAUUGGCAACUGGUGGUGGCCAUUUGGUUUAUUUAGAAAUUGGAGAUGGGGUAUUGACGGAAGUAAAACAUGCACAAUUGGAGUAUGAGAUCUCAUGCCUUGACAUAAACCCCAUUGGGGAGAAUCCCAACUAUAGUCAGCUAGCUGCUGUUGGUAUGUGGACAGAUAUUAGUGUGCGAAUAUUUUCGCUUACUGACCUGAAUCUUAUCACUAAGGAGCCUUUGGGGGGAGAAAUUAUACCUCGCUCUGUUCUUCUUUGUGUCUUUGAAGGGAUAUCUUACUUGUUAUGUGCCCUUGGAGAUGGACAUUUAUUAAAUUUUCUAUUGAACACAAGUACUGGUGAACUAGCAGAUAGGAAAAAGGUCUCUCUUGGGACCCAGCCUAUUACUCUUCGUACUUUCUCUUCCAAGAAUACUACACAUGUAUUUGCCGCAUCAGAUAGGCCAACUGUUAUCUACAGUAGCAACAAGAAGUUACUUUACAGCAAUGUUAAUUUGAAAGAAGUUAGCCAUAUGUGCCCUUUUAACUCUGCAGCUUUUCCAGACAGCCUUGCAAUCGCAAAAGAAGGUGAACUUACUAUUGGCACCAUUGAUGAUAUCCAGAAACUUCAUAUCCGCUCUAUACCGCUUGGGGAGCAUGCACGCCGUAUCUGUCAUCAGGAGCAAUCCAGGACCUUUGCUAUUUGCAGUCUUAAGUUAAACCAGUCCAGUACAGAAGAUUCUGAAACGCACUAUAUCCGUCUGCUGGAUGACCAGACCUUUGAGUUCAUAUCCACUUACCAACUUGACACCUUUGAAUAUGCUUGCUCCAUCCUUAGUUGUUCUUUCUCUGAUGAUAGUAAUGUGUACUACUGUGCUGGCACUGCAUAUGUAUUGCCAGAAGAGAAUGAGCCAACCAAGGGCCGAAUAUUGGUUUUCAUUGUUGAAGACGGGAAGCUACAGCUUAUUGCUGAGAAGGAAACCAAAGGAUCUGUUUACUCUCUGAAUGCUUUCAACGGCAAGCUGCUGGCUGGUAUCAAUCAAAAAAUCCAAUUGUACAAGUGGAUGCUCCGGGAUGAUGGUACUCAUGAGUUACAAUCUGAAUGUGGACAUCACGGACACAUACUUGCCCUCUAUGUGCAAACUCGUGGAGAUUUCAUUGUUGUUGGUGACCUGAUGAAAUCAAUCUCCUUGUUAAUCUACAAGCAUGAAGAAGGUGCCAUUGAGGAGCGAGCCCGUGACUAUAAUGCAAAUUGGAUGUCAGCUGUCGAGAUUCUUGACGAUGACAUUUACCUUGGUGCUGAAAAUAACUUCAAUCUUUUGACCGUUCGGAAGAACAGUGAAGGUGCCACUGAUGAGGAGCGGGGCCGUCUUGAGGUAGCUGGCGAGUAUCACCUUGGAGAAUUUGUCAAUCGAUUCCGACAUGGUUCCCUUGUUAUGCGCUUGCCAGAUUCUGAUGUGGGCCAGAUUCCAACUGUCAUUUUUGGUACUGUUAAUGGUGUAAUUGGAGUCAUUGCUUCACUUCCUCAUGAGCAUUAUCUCUUUUUAGAGAAGCUUCAGUCAAACCUGAGGAAGGUGAUAAAGGGUGUUGGAGGGUUGAGCCACGAGCAGUGGAGGUCAUUUAACAAUGAGAAGAAAGUAGUUGAUGCCAGAAAUUUCCUGGAUGGAGAUCUCAUCGAGUCAUUCCUUGAUCUCAACCGUAGUAAGAUGGACGAGGUUUCAAAAGCAAUGAAUGUUACAGUUGAGGAGCUUUGCAAGAGAGUUGAAGAAUUGAUGAGAUUGCAUUGAUAUUGUAACCUAGUUGAGGGGUUUUGUUUUUUCCCCUCACUUGUAACAUUUUGCAGAUUACAUCUUCUUUUGCUUUGGAAUAUUUGAGUACAUAAUGGUUUGUAAAAAAUAAUUUGUCCUGUAUGUGUAUUAUAUCCACGAUCAUUUUAAGCUA